GUGAAGGUCGUUGGACCAAAGUCCGAAUUUUGACAGUUGUGUGUUACAGACGACAUAUGUUGACGACUUGAUUGCAGACUGACGACUUGGUUGCAGACUACCACGGUUCAUGAAAUGAAAACAUAUAUUUUAUAGCAUAUGGAGAGGGGGAGUUGACAAUUUUGUGCUUUGAAGCGACAUGACGAGCGAGUUUGCAUCGCUGGGUGAUGGCAUUGGAAGUUCUAGAAACACCUCUUCUUCGCGAAGUUCCAAUGAUCAUAGGCUUUAUCCGAGUUUGUUUCCUUCGGACGAUGAGACAGAAGAUGACAAUACGAGUGAAUUUUCAGCAGACAGUGAAGCAAGAGCAACUCCACCUUUAGUAAGAUUAAAAAACCCGCUAUUCCCUAAAAAAGAGUAUGUUGACAAGUUGAGACCAGAGGAAAUCCGGUGGUUCUACAAGCAAGAAGGAGAUAAGGAAUGGACACCAUUUAUUGGUUAUGAUUCUCUGAGAAUAGAAUGUAGAUACCGAGCGUUACAAACUGUCGAGGAUGAACAAGAAAUUGACAAUGAUGUUAUACUGGUUCGCGGUGGCCUCUAUCAAGUAGAUGUUGCUAAAAGGAAGUGCACACCUGUGUAUUGGUCAGGUGACUUAUCAGACAUCACACAGGGACUCUGGUUUUAUGAAUACAAUGGACAGCCAUUAGAAGAUAACUUUGGAGUGCCAAUAGAAACGGAACAUGUUGCUAAAUUUCUGGGACAUAAGAUAGAGGAAGAGCACCCAUCUCCACAAAGGUCAAGGCCAGUUCUCCAUCGCAUAAAAUUUACUGACUUUUACAUUGAGUGGAAUUCUCCCAAUGACACUUACCUGUACAGUGAGGCAGCCUCCUCGCGAUUUGUCCGCGGCUUUAAGAAGAAACUUGGAAUGCAAAAAGCUGGCACCAGGUUACUACGAGGCUACAAAUAUGAAGCAGUUAUGGAUGAUAAGCCUGCCGACAUUUCUCAUCUUGUGUUUGUUAUUCACGGCAUUGGGCAGAAGAUGGAAACCGGAAACAUUGUCAAGAGAGCGAAAGAAUUGAGAGAGAAAGUAUCACAGAUGAAAGCCAAGCAUUUUUGUUUGAUUGAGAAUACUUCACAGAGGGCUGAGUUUUUACCUGUGGAGUGGAGAUCUAGCUUAAAACUAGAUGGAGACAUGGUGGAUUUGAUAACACCACACAAGAUGAGAGGAAUGCGGUCCCUUCUCAACAACAGUGCAAUGGACAUUUUGUAUUAUACCAGUCCCCUGUACAGAUCAGAGAUAACCCACAGUUUACAGAAUGAACUGAAUCGACUGUUUGAGAUGUUUUGUGCCAGAAAUCCUUACUUCCAGGUCAAUGGAGGAAAAGUCUCCAUUGUGGCCCACUCUCUAGGUGCUGUGAUUUCCUAUGACAUCAUCACUGGCUGGAAUCCUAUUCAGCUCUAUGAUCAGUUUGUCAACUCUGUUAUUGAAGGUGAGCAACAAGACUCCGAUUCCAGUGAAAUCAAGGAAGAAAUACACGAGGCCAGGCAAAAGGCCACUGCAGUUGAAUCCAUUCUCAAAGAUGUUCAAGAGAAGCAUAAACAAAAAAGUGGACCUACACUUUCUUUCACGAUAGAGAACAUGUUUUGCCUGGGAUCUCCUCUGGCGGUGUUCCUGGCUUUGAGAGGAUUCCGACCUCAGGGAAAGGGAACCCUAGAUCACAUAAUGCCUUCCAGUCUCUGUAAACGCCUCUUCAAUAUAUAUCAUCCAUAUGACCCUGUUGCUUAUCGACUUGAACCUCUCAUUCUGAAGCACUACUCUACCAUCAUGCCUCUGCCGAUUCACCGCUUUGACCACAAGCAGAAGGAACCCUACAACCAGAUGAAAACCAAAGCCUACGCAGCAUUUAAACCGUCAGCAGAAAAAAUCACAGACAAAGGUGAUCCGGUAGAGGGCGCUGAUAACAAUGACUCUUCUCCACAGCAUAGUCGCGACUCCUCACCCUCUCGUAACCAAGGCUUUUCUGUUUUUAAAUGGUUGAAAGGAAAAGAAUCAGAAGAUAUGUCUGCUGAGCUAAAGAUGCUGGAAAAAAUGGAAGAGGAUGUGCAGGAAAUCGAAAAAUCCAUCAAAGAGCGCAAAGAGGUUCUUCAAGAAAUUGACCAAACAGAUUUGGAGUACAGAAUAGAUUACCAGUUGAGGGAAGCCAGUUUCUCCAACAGCUACAUCUCCAUGCUGACCUCUCACACUUCAUACUGGACGGAUAGAGACGUGGCUUUCUUUGUUCUGUCGCACAUUCAUCCAGAACUUCAGGAUUUAUGACAGCCUAGAUCUGCAGAAUUCCAUUUGAAAACACUGUAUUACAAUUUUAUAAUCCAAGUGUACAAAUCCUGUUGUUUGUAUUUAUCCUUGUUUUUUAAGCCUACAAAUUUUUGUUCCAAAAGAAUUUUUUUUUACAAUCAUAUAUUGUGCUUCUAUCUGCUCGAUGGUUACUGUAAUCCAAAGUCUUUCAAGGAUCACAAUGUUUUCCUCAAUUUAUACAUGUACAUUUACCUUGCAAAACUGUAACUGCAUUAUACUAUGAAUCAAGAUAGGUUAAAUAUUUAGAUGCUUAAGACUGAUUUAUACAUGACACAAGAUGGUAGCUACGUUAGCAACAUAAAACCCUUUUUUCCGGUAGAUUAAUAUUACCAGGUCCAUGUUGUAAACUCUCUGUUUAUUUGUUAAUAACACAGCAAAAUUGUAGUAAACAUUUUCAGUGCUAAAUUGUGCUCAAACUUUGAAGUUUGAAGUUCAGUCAUUGAGUUAAUGUACGUGUAGACCAGUAUCUUUUACAUUGUCUCUCGAGAGAUGGGUUUUCCAGCCCGCUAGGAUGAAUGUGUUCAACAGUUCUCAGUAAUUUUGAUAAUAAAUGCUUUUGUUGUAAAAUGGUAUAAGAACCAUAUUAUUUGCAGGCAAAAGAGAUAAUCUAUGAGGAAGGUGCUUGUUGGAUUACCUGUAUUGUGUUUAUCAAGGUUGUAAAGUGUGAGGCUUUAUACACCUGCAAGUUAAAUACUCUUGGUGUAUAAUGACAUUAAGAUCUGUUAGUUAAUGAAUUUCAAAAGUAAAAAAUUUUUGGGGGUAUUAAAAUGUCAUUCUAAUAAUAAAAUGUCGUUUCGAUCAGAGGUCAGCCAUUUUGUGAUGAUGUGUUAUUUCACCUUAUGGCCAUAUAGAACAUUCAUCGUAUGAAUCAUUCAAGGCGGUGGGAUUUUUCACUCUAUGGAAUUUUAUUUAGGAAACCAUGUUAAUUUGUGGGAUUAUCCGUAGACUUUAUAUAUAUGUUGUUCAUAUUAGAGUAGUCUCUAGGACCACCUGGUAUCUAUGGUACAUGUAUAUGUAUACAUGCUCUAGUCUUGAUAAUCACAAUACCUCUCUACUAUUAUUCUAAACUACAUUGUUUUGUGGGAUUAUUGAUAUUAGAUUCUUUAUAUUUAAUUCAUGGUAAUACAGUAUCUACAUGAAGAUGCUGUUUUAUUAUUAGGCUGCCAGUGUGUUUUUAUUUUGUUGUUUGAUGAUGCUCGAUACAUUGAAGAUUUGAUGUUCAAAGAUUUUUACAAUGUGUUUGUUGUGUUAAGAAAUGAACUGUUUCUCUCUCUGAAUGACUUUUCAAAGUUUACUUCUUCUUUUUUUUUUAUUUGAGUUGUAUGCCAGUAUAUACUGUUAAAAAAAAUGACCAGAACUUAAACAUUCCACCUUGACAUGACAAUCGCAGUUUGUUUGUUGUAUAUGACCUUGGCCUCUGACUCAGUAUAUAUACCGGUAUCUAUAUAUUUAUAGAAAUCCAUGGACUGUUUUCAAAGGGUAAAUUUGACAAGACCUAAGAUUUUUUGGUUCACAGCUUUAUCUGAUGUUGUAGAGCAAAUGACAUGUCAUUUAUGGAUAUACUAUUAUACUAGCUAGUACCAUAUGUAGAAUAACUGCUUAAAGCACAAGACCAGUCUAACUGUUUGACUCAGAGGAAAAUAAUAUACACCUUGCCCUUUUGUUUGUGUCAAAUAUUCCUGUCGUUAACUCAGUCUGUGAUAUUUAUUUUUAUACCUUAUUUAUACAACCUACAAGAACUGUUCUUUGUUUCUUUAUGGAUUUGGUCAUGUUAUCAAUACAUGUAACUUUGUGUCUAUUUAGCCAUGCUGUUAUGUUAAAGUAUUACAAUUUAAUUAAGGCUGAUAGAGUUGACCGUUAUUGAUUGUUUCACCUGCUGUCAAACUGCAGUUUGUUGCUUUUUGUCACUUGCUAUCUUAUUCUGCUUCAAGCUGCUAUGGUGUACUACCUGGGCCACUGUAAAUUUCGCAUUGUAAUCUGUAUGUUCCAGUGAACGACAAUUUGCAGUUCACAGGCACCUGCUGUUAGUGAAGGAGUGAAAUUAAUUUUCAUCUACAUCGUCUGAUAUAUUUUGAAUUAGGGUAGUUUAUUUUUUUAAAUGUGUAAACUGCCCUACGUUAUGUUAUACAUGUGUAUUAUACUGUAGGUAAAAAAUGAAUUCAUUCCUUUCAGUUUUUAGCCUUAUUUAAGAGCAGAACAAAUACUCUUUCUUCUGAAAUUAGGGUUUGAAUGUAAACAAUUUUAAUGAUAAAUCAAUACACCCGUCCUACAUGUAAUGUAGGCAACAUUUCGAAUGCAUUGUAAGCACAUUUUAUUAGCCUAUUGAAUAAUGUGUUCCAACUGAGUUUCAUAUUUUUCUUUUAAUGAAAAGUUAACACAGUUACCUGUGAUGGAGCUGAAUCCAUUUAGGAACAGAACCAUCAGUCAUCAUAAAAAAAGGUCUAGAUAUUAUAUAAUUUAUUUCUUGUAUUAGUUUUUAUCUUCUCUGUUUGUUCACGUCUUUUAAGAACAUUUUUGAUGCUGAGCAACUUGGUUGUGUGCUAGUAAUCAUCCUGUUUAUAAUACAAAAUUUAAAUGUUCAUUUGAUAUUUUCUUCCAGCGAAAAUAAAUAUGAUAGUGUGUUUCUGGUUCCACAACUAACUUUUCAUUACUUACUGUUAUCCAUUUCAUCAGCAUGUUUUCUGGUACAUGUUUUUUACAGUCACAAAAACUGAAUGUUCUAUCUACAUUUCUACAGAUAUAUAAAGGAAUAACAAAUAUAGGAAAAUACAGACUUCGCUAUAACUGAGUUUCACUGUAUGUAUUUAAGAUGUUUCACGGGGUGGGUCAGACGAGGCGAAACAGCAAUAGAAUAUUAAAUGUACUUGAAAAAAAUAUGUUUUUAACAGUCCAUGAUUUUUUUUUAGGUUGGAAUAAGAAAAUGCUUAAUUAAAUAAAUAAGAGGUUGAACCUAAUGAAUCUUCUCGCUUGAAAAUUUGAUGCUUUUUCUUUUUAUCUGGCGUUACUUCAUUGCUAUUUUAGCCAUUAAGUUUGUUAAAUCAUUUUGGACAAAAACAAUUCUGUGGCGAUGGGUAGUUUGAGUAAUGAUUCAGGGUAUUUAUUGUGCAAUAAUUUUAAAGAUCAGUUUAUUGCAUACUUUGUUUUUACUUUUAUUGUCUAAUUCAAUUCGUGAAAACCACACAAUAUUAGGUCUCAUUCAAUAUGCAUGUACUCCUAUGAGCAGGUUGAAUUCGUUAGAAAAAUAAAUGUAACAGCACAAGUUUAUUUGUUUUAUCAGAAAUGUGGUGAAUUUCAAAUUUUGAUAACUUUUGGGUCCUCCCAACCGUAUACGAACACUGCUUGAGUUUAUCUUGAUUUUACUGUAUUUAACAGUUUUUGGCUCCUUGAACAAAACUGAUCAAGUUUGUCGCGAUAUAGUUACGUUCUAUAUUUUUGCAAAUGCUGGUUGCAAUAGAAGCUGUUUUCACUAUUUGUCAAGUUAUGCAUGUACAUGUAAAAUGAACAUUUAUUUUUAAAUAAAACUGAACUUUCAAUGCAAA